CUUUUUUAACCACAAACUGAAUUUUCGUUCAUUUAGGCGAUAUACUUUUUUAAAUUGCCCCAAAGUUGCAGGAUUUUUUCCGGAGCGCCUUUCGCCCUGGAGCGAUACGCUAUGCUCUCUCACGCCGACCUCCUGGAUGCUCGGCUCGGUGAGUUAUCAUCACUAAACCCCGGCCCGAAACUCCAGUGGAUGAAGGAUGCUGCGGAGCUCCUCGGACACAGAGAAGCUCUGAAGUGCCGACUGGGAGGUGGAGUUCCGGACCAGGGGCAUCCGGGAGACAUUGCCCCUGGUUCGGACUCCGUAGAGGGAACGACUCUCCUGCCAGGAGAAGAUAUCACCACCGUAGGGUCCAAUUCUGCCGGCAUGCAGUUGAAUGGGAAACAGGAGCAGGAGAAGCAGCAACAGCAGCAGCAACAGCAGCCGCAGCAGAGCUCGGGACAGCCCGCGAACCAACAGAAACAGAAGCGACACAGGACGCGUUUCACCCCGGCGCAACUCAACGAAUUGGAGCGCAGCUUCGCCAAGACCCAUUACCCAGAUAUCUUUAUGAGGGAGGAGCUGGCGUUGAGGAUCGGCCUCACCGAAUCGAGAGUUCAGGUUUGGUUCCAGAACAGACGAGCUAAGUGGAAGAAAAGAAAGAAGACAACCAACGUGUUCCGCGCCCCGGGGACACUGCUCCCAACGCCUGGCCUACCGCAGUUCUCCGCGGCGGCAGCAAUGGAGAACAGCCUGUGCUCGUUCCACGCCAACGACUCGCGCUGGGCAACGGGGAUGCCCGGGGUGUCCCAGCUGCAGCUCCCGCCAGCCCUGGGCCGUCAGCCGGGUAUGGCGCAGUCCCUCUCGCAGUGCAGCCUGGGUCCUGGCCCUCCGCCUAACUCCAUGGGCCUCUCAAACGGUCUGUCCUCCAACGGAUCCGGCCUGCAGUCCCACCUCUACCAGACGCCUUUCCCGGGAAUGUCCGCGUCCCUCUCCGGCCCCACGAACGUAUCGGGCUCCCCGCAGCUGUGUAGCUCACCGGACAGUGACAUGUGGAGAGGGACAAGCAUCGCGUCACUUCGACGGAAAGCACUGGAGCACACAGUCUCAAUGAGUUUCACUUAGUGACUCUUCUAAUCAUCUCCUCCAGAUCCUCCCUGUUCGGCUCCUCGUCCCAGUCCUGACAUGCGCCUUUCAUAUGUUUCUACUCCUGCUGUUUAGAUCAAAAUAAGAGACAGGAAUGGAGACUAAAAGGGCAAAAUAAAGUAUCUGGAAAAUUAAGUUUUGAGGUUGUUUAUCUUGCUAUUUCAAAAAGGACUUUAUCAAUACUUGAUGAUAAAUGCUAUUGUAUGAUUACUAGACUAUAGGUCCUAAUUAAUGAGAGCCAAACAAUCGUUGUAUUUACGUUUUCACUGAGUGUGUCUUUAUACACACUUUAAUGUAUCCAGGUGACGUGUUUUGUCGAACAGUUCUUUAAAUAUCGGUCAGUCCCCACUUCAGCAGUGAGUCUUUUUGAACUGAAUCUCAUGAGUGCUCUCUGGGGAAAAUUUGGCAUUAUGAUUUCAAGAGAAAUGGGCCCCAACUCACUCUGAGAACCCAAGUGUCGGAAUGAAACCAAAUCAAACACAGAAAUGGGAAGAGAACCAUGCUCAUUCAUCUGCCCCCCAUACUCUAUUUUAGGAUGUUUUGAGUAGAUAAAACAUUCUUGCUGUACACGCUGGUCUUUUUGUGACAUGUUUUAACUUAUUGUAUGUGCUAUUAUUACUUGACACAUUUCUUAAAUGUUUGACCUUACAUCAGCACCAUAUUGACGGGUUUGUACCAGUUAAAAGAUGAACAAAACGAAUAAAAUUAAUUUUCAAGAAUGUCGAAAAAAAGGAUU